AUGAGCCAGGGCCAAAGUUUAUUGAUUCCUGCUCAAGAAGAUAACAACAAUGAUGACUACGAGUAUUAUUCUGAUAGUGGAUCUUACGAAUAUUACUCUAGUUCUGAAUCAAAACCCGAAAAUAAAAAAUUGUUAGGUCAAAAAUCGCCUUCAAAGCACGUAGAUUCAAAAGUCAUCGAAGUUGCGCCUAAAAAAAUAAAGAAUGGUGGAAUGCCGAGUUUAUUAGUUCCCGGUGAAGAUUAUGAUAAUCCAACUCAAUUUUCGGAGUCAAGCCAUUCAUCAUGGAUUGAUGAAGCAAACGGAUUCCAUGAAAAACCAAGUCAAAUAACGAUUCCUACAAGUUCAUCUCCAUUAACUCCUCCUCCAGCUUCACCUCUUUUAUCACCAUCCGCACCGUCUUCACCACUUGCAAUGGACUUUCCCCCACCGCCUCCGCCAACGCCGUUUGGCGCAGAUGCGCUUUUACUUCCACCGAUUCCGACAAAUGAAGGUUUCCGUGGUAUCACUCCGAACAAGAGCUUGGAGUUACUUCCAACUCCCGUUGUUCCUUCUCAAAAGCCGGUAGAAACGCCUUCAAGUCCAAAAGCUCAUUACACACAAGCGGAAAUCGAAGAUCAGAGGCUACAAACAUUCGACGGAUUCAAGAGUGAGCUUGAUGAAUUCGGAUGGGAGGUUAUUCCUGCAGCAAGUAACAUCAAAUUUUCAUCUGAAAUGUUUGAGAGUCAAUCGAAAGUACAACCACAACAAAACAACUUCGAAUACAUGGCUUCAACGAUUGAUGAUGCUAUGCAAUCAAAUGCCGUUCAAUAUUACUCUGGAACUCAAAUGUUAAAGUCAAUUCCUUUAGAUAGCAACAUUCCCGAUGGCUACGAGGCAUCUGCUAUGCCUAAUUUAGCAGCAUUUUCUAAUCUCGUUGUUCCAAGUGCCUUCGAAGAUUUUGUUUUACCAAUCAGAACUUGCCAAGCUUGUAACAAAGAAAUUAUUGACAAUUACACAUACUUAAAUGGCUAUUACUACCAUGACGAGUGCGUUAAGUGCUUUACUUGUGGUAAACAUCUCGAUUAUAACGAAUGUUACACAUACCAAGGCAAAAACAUGUGCAAGGACUGCAUAAUCAAGGUUAGUAAGCGCGUGUGCAAGGUUUGCAGCAAUCCAAUCUUUACAGAAGACGAAAUUUUAACUCUCAAGAGCGGAAAACAGAUCCACAAGACAUGUCUCGCGUGCAGUCGCUGCUGCAAACCAUUAACUAACGAAAGCUACGAAGAAAUAGGUGAUAAAAUCAUAUGCAAACACUGCCAAGAAAAAGUUGAAAAUAUUAUAUGCAAAAAAUGCGGCGAAAAGAUUCUCGAACUUAACUAUGUAUUUCACAAUCAACAAUACUUCCAUCGCGACCACUUCCGCUGUGAAGUUUGCGAUCAAAUCUUAAAUGGAGAUAAUUAUAUCGUACAUCAUAACAAAUUCUACUGUUUACAGCAUGGUUCGCCAAUUACAGAUAGUUGUGCAUUCUGCAAACGCCGUUUCAACCUUCUUGACGACAGAUUAAAGUGGCAUGAGAAGAUUUACCACUCAGAAUGCUUCAUUUGCAGAGUAUGCGGCUGCCAUUUGACUCCUGCUGCAGCUCGUCCCAUCCACAACAGGCCGCACUGCUCAAAAUGCUACGAAAUGCGCAUCAAAAUGCCAGAAAAGAAGAAACACGUUCCUUCUGAAAUGGACCAAAUUAGAAGUGAAGUGAAAACCGAAAGGGAAGUAAUUAACUUCACCAGGAGGUCCAGUAAAUCCGUUCCUCUCGAAGGACCUCCAACUGUUAUAGAUAACAAGAUCACAGCGCCGAAUGUUGAUGAACUCACUGUUUACGCAUGA